UGUCGAUUGCUCAAUGGUAUAAUUUGUCAUCACUACGAAUUUAGAUAAAAUAAAACUAGUUACAUAGAAUAUUUCAUAGAUUGUCUUGUGUUGUGAAAAUUUAUGUAAUAAAAUUGAUUUGAAACGAACUUUCAGUGACUGGAACACAGUGUUAGUGUGUGUAAUUUUGUUUCUCCAGUUUAAAUCUUAUGUUGACAUUGCUUUGGAAAAAUGAAUAAUUUUACAAAAACUCCGAAAACCACACCGAUUAUUGAAGACUAUGACAUAUCAAACACUGUUCUUGGCCUCGGUAUUAACGGCAAGGUGGUAGAAUGUCACGACAAAAGAACACAGAAGAAGCGAGCAUUAAAGGUUCUGCACGACAGCGCAAAAGCCAGGAGAGAGGUGGAACUCCAUUGGAGAGCCAGCGGCUGUAGGCAUAUAGUCGAAAUUAUAGACGUGUAUGACAACACCUACGGUGGGAAACGAUGCUUGCUGGUUGUGAUGGAGUGCAUGGCCGGUGGAGAGUUAUUCCAGCGGAUACAGGACAACAGCGAUGGAGCAUUCACUGAACGACAAGCAGCUGAGAUAAUGCACUCCAUCUGCGUCGCAGUUCGACAUCUACACGACUAUAAUAUCGCUCACCGAGAUAUCAAGCCUGAAAAUUUAUUGUACACAAGCAUGGAACCAAACGCACACCUCAAACUUACAGAUUUCGGGUUCGCAAAAGAGACCCUAACGCCUGCCGACACGCUCCAAACUCCCUGUUACACCCCGUACUAUGUAGCACCCGAGGUUUUAGGACCUGAGAAAUAUGACAAAUCGUGCGACGUUUGGUCCCUCGGGGUUGUGAUGUACAUCCUAUUGUGUGGGUUCCCGCCUUUCUACUCCAACCACGGUCUAGCCAUAUCACCCGGGAUGAAGAAGCGUAUAAGACUAGGUCAGUAUGACUUCCCUGCGCCAGAGUGGUCCAACGUGUCAUCCGAAGCCAAGAAUCUCAUCAAGGGAAUGUUGUCCGUAGACCCAGCCAAGCGUCUCACCAUAGAACAAGUAAUGGCGAGCCCCUGGAUUCGACAGUAUACACAAGUGCCCCAAACUCCUCUCUAUACCCACACGCUACUCCGCGAGGGAGGAGAAGCAUGGGCGGACGUGCAGGACGAGAUGACGAGGUCCCUAGCUACAAUGCGUGUCGAUUAUGACCAAGUACAAAUCAAAGCGCUAGAAAACAGCAACAACACAUUAUUAAAUAAACGACGAAACAAGGUCGGAGCUUAGAGUGUAAUUUUAAGGUAUAGCUUAUUGUACUGUUUAUAUAUAGUUUGACCGGGUUUCUUUCUUAAUUCUAAGACUGUUAAGAAAAUGGGUUACCCCACAGAGGGUAGGAACUGUUAACUUAAUUUUGACUCGAUAUUCAAAUAAUCAUGCUGCUUGCAUACUUAAAUUCUAUAUAUUUACGAACUUAGUGCAAUAUUGUUUGUGCCAAUUGUACCUAAUGUUUUAGAACUACAUUCUUACGAAGGUACUAUGCUUCGUGGUUUGACAAUAACUUAGUUAUUUCAGUUUUGAUGCAAAUAAGAAAAACAACAAUAACAUAUUUAUAUUGAAAAAUUGUUUAUGCACUUUGUUAUAUGUACAUACAUUACCGAUCUCUCCUUUUUUUAAUUCUUACAAAGACCUUUAUAAAAACUAUACAUAGAUAUAACAAAAUUAUUUUCAUUUCGAAACACCGCCCGUAACACUCCACUUGUUUUUUUGGAUGAAUGGAUAAUAAUUGGAAUGGUAAUCCAGUCUUCGCUACCGGUUUACGCUGGCAUGGCACCAGUUGAGUAUAACAAGAUGAACAUCAGGUUUAGUUCAGUUAGCCCAUCGUAGCAAAUUAACAAGGUAUUUAUCAAGAUAGUUUCAAAUCCAGCGCCGCUUAGGAACAUUCUUUCGGCAUACGCUGAUCCAGUUUAUUUUACCGCCUUUAUUUCAGUACCCCUUAAAUGUAUUUUUUAUGUAAUUUCAUUGGCAGCAAUAAAUUAUUGUUAUUCUUAUAAUAAAGAGUAUAUUUUUUCUUUUCUCUUUUUAAGAGGUCUUUGCAUUAUAUAUAUCACACGCAAGUACAUCACUUUAAAAG